AGCCCCCACAAAAGGCUCAAAAGCCAGAAACCCCUCUUCUUCUUCUUCUUCUUCUUCUUCUUAUUAUUAUUAUUAUUUUUCUUCUGCUUCUCUCUCACUGAAUCGAAGCGCCAAUGGAAACCAUACUUGCAGACUGUGUUCAUCACAGUCUUCGCCAUUUCAUGUACCGGAAUGCCAUUUUCAUGUGUGAAAGACUCUGCUCCGAGUUCCCAUCUGAGACAAAUAUGCAGUUACUAGCUGGCUGUUUUUUGCAAAACAAUCAGGCUUAUGCUGCAUACCAUAUAUUAAAAGGAACGCAAAUGGCUCAAUCCCGCUACUUGUUUGCAAUAUCAUGCUUUCAGAUGGAUCUUCUUCAUGAGGCAGAGGCUGCAUUAUGUCCACCCAACGAGCCUGGUGCUGAGAUUCCAAAUGGUGCAGCAGGUCAUUACCUUCUUGGGCUUAUUUACAGGUACACUGACAGAAGGAGAAGUGCUAUUCAACAUUUUCAGCAGGCAUUAUCUCUAGAUCCUUUGAUGUGGUGUGCUUACGAGGAGCUUUGCGUAUUAGGUGCUGCUGAAGAUGCAUCUUCAGUUUUUGGUGAAGCGGCUGUUCUUUGCAUACAGAAGCAGUGUCUGCAUAAUAGAUCCGAAAACUUGCAGACGUUAAGUGAUGAUCUGAACUCAGCUUCUGCUAGGAAUAAUAAUCCAGAUGAUGCCCGGACAAGGCAAUCAAAACAAGCACAAAGCAAUAAUUUAAGAGAUAUUCCUACAAAUUAUCAUGGGGCAGUUAACUUGGGAGGACCUACAAGUCAAAUUGCAAAUGGCGGUUCAAAUAUAUCAUUUUAUAACACUCCUUCACCUGUAUCUGCACAGAACUUGCAGUUAUCUGCUAUUGCUCCUCCACCCUUAUGCAGAAAUACACAGCAGAAUGGAUCUAAUCUGAACUCGCUUGGUACAGAUAGUUCAAGGUCAACUGUUAACUCUAUCAUACAAGCCCCUCGAAGAAAAUUUGUAGAUGAAGGGAAAUUACGUAAGAUUUCAGGGAGGUUAUUCUCUGAUUCUGGCCCUCGAAGAAGUAGCAGACUUGCUGGAGAAGCAGGGGCCAACACAAACGCAAGUGCCGCAGGAGCUGCUAAUAAUGGAGCUAUCAACUCUACCAAAUAUCUUGGUGGUUCCAAGUUGAAUUCUAUUACAUUUCGUUCUAUGGCAGGUCGCAAAGGACAGUCCUUUGCAAAUGAGAAUAUUGACGAAGGUAUUCAAAAUGAGGCUUUUGAUGAUUCUCGUUCCAAUGCCUCAUUAUCCGUCUCCAGUUCAUCACCUUCUAGUGAUAAUAGAACUCUUGAGCAAGGAGUAACCAAAUCAGUUGGAGGAAGUCUCACAAAUGAUGCUAAAAUAAUUAAUGGCGCAUCAGAAAUAUUAGGCCUCCUGAGAAUAUUAGGAGAAGGAUAUAGACUUUCAUGCCUGUUCAGAUGCCAGGAUGCCCUGGAUGUCUACCAUAAACUUCCUUACAAGCAUUACAGUACAGGCUGGGUGCUUUCACAGGUUGGAAAAGUGUAUUUUGAAUUGGUAGAUUACUUAGAAGCUGAUCGAGCUUUCAGUCUUGCUCGCCAUGCUUCACCUCACAGUUUGGAAGGAAUGGAUGUUUAUUCUACAGUUCUUUAUCAUUUAAAGGAAGACAUGAAGCUAAGCUACCUGGCUCAAGAAUUGAUAUCAACGGACCGUUUAGCUCCUCAAUCUUGGUGUGCCAUGGGAAACUGCUACAGCUUGCAGAAGGAUCAUGAAACUGCAUUAAAAAAUUUCCAGCGUGCUGUCCAACUAAAUCCAAGAUUUGCUUACGCUCACACCCUCUGUGGACAUGAAUAUGUGGCCUUGGAAGAUUUUGAGAAUGGUAUCAAGAGCUACCAGAGUGCACUACGAGUAGAUUCUAGACACUAUAACUCCUGGUACGGACUUGGUAUGAUAUAUCUUCGACAAGAGAAGUUUGAGUUUGCUGAGCAUCACUUCCGAAUGGCUUUCCAAAUAAAUCCUCGUUCUUCAGUUGUAAUGUCAUAUCUUGGUACUUCUUUGCAUGCUUUGAAGAGGAGUGAGGAUGCCAUGAUGAUGAUGGAGAAGGCCAUCCUUGCAGAUAAGAAGAACCCACUUCCUAUGUAUCAGAAAGCUAACAUACUUGUAAGCCUGGAACGUUUCGAUGAAGCUUUACAAGUUCUUGAGGAGCUUAAAGAGUAUGCCCCUCGAGAAAGCAGCGUGUAUGCUUUGAUGGGUAAGAUCUACAAAAGACGGUACAUGCACGAGAAAGCAAUGCUUCAUUUUGGUCUUGCCUUGGAUUUGAAACCAUCUGCCGCUGAUGUAGCUACCAUUAAGGCUGCCAUCGAGAAGCUGCAUGUACCUGAUGAAAUAGAAGACAACUUAUGAGAAUUCUCUUUCUUCCAACGGGAAAAAGGAAAUGAUGGAGAAUACGGUGUAUAACUUAAUCGACACGCACUUUGAUUGGCUGCCUCACGAAGCGAGUUAACUAUACAAGCAUCAUGGGGGAUCUGGGGCGCCCGCAAUCAAGUCGGCCAAUCAACCUAGCACCGGUAAAACCUCAGUUUUGUAGGUGAGUUCACACAUUAAGAGUAAACUAUGUGAGCAAAAGGUGCAAAAAGAUGCCCCAUUACUUGUACAAAGGGCUGUAAUCGUGUUAUAACAAAUCAGUAAUGUUUGUAACAUUAGCCUGCCAAUAUAUUUGAUUCACCCAUUUGUUGGUAUAA